GCUGAGAAGGAGGUCCGGGGAAAGCGGGCUACGCCGAGAGGGGCCCCGGAGCGCCAAGCCGCGCCCAGCAUUUAGCCCCUGGACCGCGGCUCAACGCGCUCCGUCGGUCAAUGAGGCAAUGGCACGGCUGGCAAUAAAAGCGCCUGCGCGCGACCGCGUCGUCGUCUUGUUUGUGUUUCUGCAGUUCAACUCGUCUUGUCUUCAGCUUCUUGUCUUCAGCUGAGACAUCGGAAUGCGUCUCGCUGCCCAGCUCCUCCCCCUUGCGGCGCUCGCCGCCGUCACCACGGCUAGCCCGCGCCACCACCAAGUCCCCGCGGGCUUCGUCACGGUCGAGGGCGAAAAGUUCAAGCUGGACGGCAGAGACUUUUACUUUGCAGGCAGCAACGCCUACUACUUCCCCUUCAGCGGCGACCAAGGCGAUGUCGAGAAGGGCCUGACGGCGGCCAAGGACGCCGGCCUGACCGUGUUCCGCACGUGGGGCUUCAACGACAAGAACACGACGCACGACCCCAAGGGCCUGCCCAACUACGGCGGAGAGGGCGCUGGAGGCACCGAGGUUGUCUUUCAGUGGUUCGCCAACGGCACGUCGACCAUUGACGUGUCGCCGUUCGACAAGGUGGUCAGCGCGGCCACCAAGGUCGGCACCAAGCUGCUGGUCGCGCUGACCAACAACUGGGCCGACUACGGCGGCAUGGACGUGUACACGGUGAAUCUGGGGGGCAAGUACCACGACGACUUCUACACGGUACCAAAGAUCAAGGACGCCUUCAAGCGCUACGUCAAAGCGAUGGUGACCCGCUACAAGGACUCGCCGGCCAUCUUCGCGUGGGAGCUGGCCAACGAGCCGCGGUGCGGGGCCGACGGGACGCGCAACCUGCCGCGCAGCGCCAGCGGCUGCGACUCGGCGGUGCUGGGGGCCUGGAUCGCCGAGAUGAGCGCGUACAUCAAGAGCCUCGACGCUAACCACCUGGUGACGUGGGGCGGCGAGGGCGAGUUCAACCUGGCCGGGGGGUCGGCCGACUGGGCGUACAGCGGCAAGGACGGCGGCGACUUCGACCGCGAGAUUGCCUUGGCGUCUAUCGACUUUGGCGUCUUCCACUCGUACCCGGACUGGUGGACCAAGACGGUCGAGUGGACCAACCAGUGGAUCCGCGACCACGCAGCGGCUGGCCGUAGAGCCGGCAAGCCCGUGGUCCACGAGGAGUACGGCUGGCUGACGCCCGAGGCGCGGCUGCAGAACCUCGGCACCGUCAACAAUGCCAGCCGCGUCGAUGUCGUUGGCGGCUGGCAGAACAUCAGCCUGGCCGAGAAGCUCGCCGGCGACAUGUACUGGCAGUUUGGCUUCUCGGGCUUCUCGUACGGCCGCAACAAUAAUGAUGGUUUCACCAUCUACCUCGACGACCCCGAGGCCCAGCCGCUCGUCUACCAGCACGCCAAGGCCGUGCAGAGCCUGAACCGCCGUCGCUGUGUCGGGGACAAGUGAGGCGGGUGCGGAUCUGUACUGUAGACAGUUGUGAUCAGCGGAAUCCAGAAGAAUUUGAGUUGAGCUAGGACACUUGAAGUCUUGUGACUCUUGCCGCUAAUCAACCAAGGGCUGGUCGUCGAUAAGA